UUGCUAGAGAAGAAAUAAAAUAUAUAAAUAAUUGCUAUUAAAUUCUGAUUUAAAAACUUUUCAAAUAUAUUUAUAUUAUCGAAUAAAAAGUACAAGAAAAAAUGAGUGAGGCGGUAAAAAAAAGUAGUUGUGAGCUGCCAUUGAAUGAAGAAUCAAAAAUGAAUCAAACAGGUUCAGAAAAUAAUAAUGAAUCUAAAGAAAAUCCUGAAAAUAAUCGCACGACUUGGAAUGGAAAGUUGCAAUUUUUUCUGAGUAUCAUCGGAUAUAGCGUUGGAUUGGGAAAUAUAUGGAGAUUUCCUUAUUUUUGUCAACAAAACGGCGGUGGUGCUUUCCUCAUUCCGUAUUCCAUAAUGUUACUUCUUGAAGGCAUACCUCUAUUUUUAAUUGAAUUGGGACUCGGCCAACGCAUGCGACAAAGUGCUUUGGGUGUGUGGAACACAAUCCACCCCUGUCUUGGUGGAAUUGGCAUAUCUUCUUGCAUUGUUGUUUUCUUCGUCACACUCUAUUAUAAUAUAAUCAUAACAUGGUGUUUAUUUUAUUUCUUCAAUUCAUUAACUGCUGUAGGAAGACUUUUGAGUUUAAAUAAAAAUAAAAGUAUGGAAGACACUUUGAUGUGGGCAGAUUGUCCAAGAAAUGAUACUUCAGGACAAGAAAUUGAAGAAUGUGCUAAAAGUUCAUCAACUGCUUACUUUUGGUACAGAGCUACUCUGGACGUCUCGCCCUCCAUAGAAGAAGGAAUGGACCUCAAAUGGUGGAUUGUUCUUUGUUUGCUUCUAAGCUGGAUCGUAGUCUUUUUUAUUGUCAUGAAAGGGAUACAGUCUUCAGGAAAAAUCAUUUACUUCACAUCCUUGUUUCCGUACGUAGUUCUUACUAUUUUUUUCAUUAGAGGUAUCACUUUGAAAGGCGCUGCCGUUGGUUUGCAGCACAUGUACCUUCCAAAGGUUGGAAAAUUACUAGAACCCCGGGUUUGGUUGGAUGCUGCAACCCAAGUUUUCUAUAGUUUUGGUACUGCAUUUGGUUCGUUAAUCGCCUUCGGAAGUUACAAUCCACCGGAUAAUAAUUGCGUUCGAGAUGUUAUUUUAGUCAGUGUAUGCAAUGGAUUAACGGCUAUUUAUGCAAGCACUGUGGUUUUUACAGUUCUAGGAUUUAAAGCCGUGUCAAAUUUCGAAAAAUGUGUCCGCAGCAAUCGUAUUCUGCUUUUAAUGUACGGGUUUCUAAACGAUAUUGAUGAUACUGAAGAAGAAUAUCAAGAAGCUAUUGGGUUAUUUAGCAACUCUCGAAUUUCUAUGAACGUAACACUAGAAAAAUGCAGCAUUACCGAUCAGCUGAACCAAGCAGCUGAAGGAACGGGAUUAGCUUUCAUAGUCUUUACUCAAGCAAUAGUAGAAUUACCCAGUGCACCAUUUUGGUCUUGUAUAUUUUUUCUGAUGCUUCUGGCUCUAGGAUUAGGCUCUCAAAUUGGUCUUCUCGAAGGGAUGCUCUGUGUCAUUUUUGAAAUUGAUUUUUUCAAACGAAUCAAAAAGCAAUAUAUUACUGGCGUUGUAUGUACAAUCUGUUUUUUUUUGGGUCUGAUAUUUUGCACAGGGGCCGGUGAAUAUUGGCUUGAACUUUUUGACAGUUUUGCUAGCACUAUUGGCCUGGUGUUUGUUGCCUUUAUGGAAAUAAUAGCAGUCGCUUAUGUAUACGGACAUGAAAAGUUCUCUAAGGACAUCGAAGAUAUGACGGGAUAUAAACCAGGACUUUAUUGGCAAAUUACAUGGAGAUUUAUCGCACCACUUCUUAUGGCAGUGGUCUUAAUUUCUAGUAUUGUAUCAAUGGUUUUAAAAAGACCUCAAUAUUCAGCUUGGAAUGCAUCGCUUGGCAAAACAGUUCUGACAGAUUAUCCAAACUGGGUAUUAAUUAUCGGUAUCUGUAUUAUAUUAAUCGGAAUAGCUCCAAUCCUGAUAGUUUUUCUGUUGAGAAAAUACGAAGGCAUAAAAGUUAAAGGAAAAAAUAUUUGCCGAAUCGAUACAACUAUGUCAGCAAAAGAAAUAAUGGAAGAUGUUGAUCUUCAUGAUGAAUCAGAAAAUUUUUCGAAAGAUGAUAAAAAUAUUAAAGACGAAGAUCAUUUAUAUAAUAAUUUACAUAAAAAUAUCGUGUCGAAAGGAAAACAGGGAAAGUCUUUCAAAAUGGAAAUACUUGAUCAUUGAAUUAAUUGUCCACAUCUUCAAAUAACAAUUCAUAUUCCUUUUUUUUAAAUCAUUAAAUUUUGAAAUUUUUCACACAACUAUAUAUUUUAGUUCGAAUAAAAUAUUGACAUUUGCGAAGUAGAUAAUAUCAAGUAAUUCCACUAAUGAUACUUUGUCAGUAAGUCACUAGAAUAGAACAACU